ACAGCUCUGUGAUCGUAAGUGGCCGUGUAGAGCCAGAGCCGAUACAGACGUUUGUGUUAUUAGUCCCCGCUCAAUAGGAUGAACGUGACUGGCGCUUAAACGGAAUGUCAGAUUAGCUUGCAGUUGGCAGCAUUCCUCGUUCUUGUUGCCUAUCGCACACGCAACUGAGUGAUAGCCUAAUUUAAAGAUUUCAAGUGAUCAUUUUUUAUUAGAUUCCCAAUCUGGGUUUUCUUUACUAAAACAGAUCACACGUACUGAAACAAAGUGGAUUUAACAGUGGCUACGUGGUUCACCCGCACUCCAAGAUGCUUCUGGUCUCCCAGCGGCUAGACUCACCUCGCAUGGACCCAUUACUGCCUGGAUCCCUAAAGAGGAAAUUGACUGGGGCCGUGGAGAGUUCUGCAUCGUUGAACGGGGUCUCCGAAACGUCUAUGACCCAGGGAGGUGCUAAACGUCUAUGCCUGGAGGAUGUCACCCUGUCCAUGGGCUCCAGUUACCCUCAGCCCCCGUUCCCUUCUGGGAUGGGCAACCAGGGAGGUGUUCUGGAAGGUAACCGACUGAACAGUAACAACAACGGUUUGGGUUCACCAUAUUCUGUACCUCCGAACGCUAGCCCUGGAUCAACUCCCGGGCCUGGGGGAGGCCCAGGAAGCUUGGCAAAUAACUUCAACCCAAAUGGGAGUUCAGCCACACCUUCAGUGGAGCAGGAACUGCAGGAGAUUUUGGAUGAACUUACAAAGAACCCUGAUCCCUCCUUACCAGAGCUUGACAUUGACAAGAUAUUAGGAAAAGAAGGUGAUGACCAGGCAAAUAGUACUGGGGGUUUUGUUCACCCAGAGGGUAACGGGACACCUAAGAGGUCCCCACAGAGACAGUCACAUCUAGAAGCCCACCUCACUCAUUCCCCGGGUUUUUCUCAGGCUGGGUCCCCACAGGUGGGUCCAAGUCCUGCAGGGGCACCGUAUUCCUUACCACACUCUUCCAAACCAGUGCCGUCUCCACUCACAGCAUCACCCAUUUCAUCUUCCUCUUCACAAGGACAGAACCAAUCUCCCAUGCUUUCUGCUGCCUUAUCAAGCCGACCUAACUGGCAUGAGAUGUCCAGGGCCCAGCAUCUUCAGCAGAUGGUAUCAAAUACCAAGCACCAUUCUACCAACAGUGCAGGUCCCACAUCUGGCCAGUCAGGGUUGUCUGGAUUGGGUCAGCAGGGCACUUCCUGGGCUGGUCCUUCUCCACCCUACCGACCAGGGGAUAAAUUACCUAACUCAUCUCCUCAUCAGCAGCCUUUCAGCCCAGCAGGUAACAUUCAGAGUCCCCAGAGCUCGUUAAUCUCUAGCAUGGCUCCAGCCUCAUCCACUAGACCUUCACCACCCUACAGGCCAGAAAAGCUAGCCAGUCCGGCAAUUGCACAGCCUCCUUUCAGCCCCCAGAACAGUCUUCUGUCUGGAAAUGCUCCAUCAGGGGGUUCAGGCCCUGCUAUCCAAGGUUCUCAAGCAAGUUAUCUUGCUGGCGUGGCCCCGACGUCAAGCAGCACCCGACCGUCACCUCCUUACCGACAAGAUAAACAUUCAAGCCCAGCGGGGCAAUGCCAGCCAGGAACACAGCCCCCUACACAAGGACAUCUUUUUAACUCACAAAAUAAUCAAGCACCUGGAAUGUCUAGUCAGCUGUUUAAGGCCAUCACAUCCAACCAGCCACCCAGCAGCAGCCUCAAGCUCCUAAUGCAGGCACAAACAGUACAGGGGAAGCCUUCACAACUGCAACUAAAUAAGACCACCUCAGGUGGUUUGGGUCCAGAACCUUACUCCUUUAAUAACACUAAGCCCUUACGACAUUUUGACCCAGAUCCCUCCGUGGCCAAACUUGGUCCUCUGGCUGUGGCAGCAUACCACAAUGCUAGCAUGCAGCCCACACCACCCACAUCAGCUGGAGGACACACGCAUCUCCUGCCGCAGCGCAUGCAAAGGGCAAUGCAGGCUGGCGCCAUUGUACCUCACUGCAGAGAUGAUCAAAGUGCAGGAAUGGUGCCACACCUUCAGGAUCCUCCAUCAGCAGUGCCACGGCAGACCCAGGGCACCAACUACAACCUGCUUAAGAGUCAGCUGAUAAACAACCAAAUUCAACAGCAACAGGAAAAGCAGAGGCAAUUGGAGCAAAUGAAUGGAGGGCCUAUCACAUUUCAAGGCCCAGGUCGACCACUUCCUCCUGAGUGUGGUGGUUAUGCUAUGGGGGCUUCUCAACAGCCAAAUUCCUCCAUGCUCUCCCACAGCGGUCCUAUACCCACAAAUCGAAUGGUUCUUUCCUCCAACUCGGUCUCUCAGAUGGGUCCGUCUGUUGGAGGAUACAUGUGUGGCAAAGGUUCCAAACAACCCCUCUGCCACCCGUCGCAAGACUUUGGUAUGGCAAUGCAGCCAGGCCAGAGCAUGAUGGGAAUGAGCGGACCUCCACGUCAACCGCUGCACCCAUCUCAUGGUGUGACCCGGCCAGGAAUGCCCUGUCCCAGCUUAUCAGGUGGUCCUGUGCCAACUCACCAUCUGCGGCACGCGUUGCACCAAGCCUCAACUCUUCCCUCACGUAUGAUGUUUCCUUCUCAGCAGCAGCCUUCGUCCCAGUCCCAGCUCUGGCAGCACCAACAGGGGGUGCAACAACACAUGGACCCUGGUAACCACCAACAUCCCUUCCCCAGUGGUGGAGUCCCACCUGGGUGUGGGGGCCCUCAGUUUCCACAGCGAUCCAGCUUAGCAGCUAUGCCAGCCAACUUUCCUCGUCCUCCUCCUAAUCAGGUAGCCCCUGGUCUGGUUGGUAGACAAGAACAGAAGAUGCCCACCAGUCACCCCCUUUCCUCCAUGGCCCAACAAAGCCUCAGGAUCCGAGGUCCGCUUUCUGCUCUAGCUGUUAUGAAGCCUGGGGCUCCCUCUAUGAUGCACACAGCCAAUGCAAUGGCUCCUCCUAGCUACCAGACUGCUUCUGUGAGCAAACAUUGUUCACCUCAUGGCUACGGCCCUGGACACAACUCCGGACAUAAGAUACCGUCUUAUAACUACCCACCACAGCAUCAGAGCAAUGGGGCAAUGACCGGGGGACUGCAAGGGCCUGGGAGGGGACCCGGUGGUGGGGAGGUGGACUUCAUAGACACUCUGGUGGGAGGCAACGAAGACUGGCUCAAUAAUCUCACCAUGAUUGAUGAGUACCUUGAGCAAAACUCUAGGGAUGACAGAUCUAGACAUUCCUAGGGUUGAAAAUCACUACACACAGCGCCUGAACCGGGGGUCAUCGCUCUGUACGGUUCUAAACCGUGUUUGUCAGGGCUAGUACAAGUGAGAAUGUAUUGGUGGAAAUGAUGCACUGCUAAGCCCCCUGAAAUGACUUUGGUGCCCAGGUCUAUAAAAAGAGUUGAAAAGGUGGAGGAGCCAUCAAGCAGGGUUAUUUGAUAAGAUGCCCUUUCAACUGCUCAAAGAUUGCUCUUCCAGUGCUCUUUGCACUAUAUUACAAUAAAAUUGUAAAUUAUGUUCAGUAUUUUAACUUAACUAUCGAGUGAAACACUGAUUUAUGAAUACAUGGCAAUGUAAAGGAAGUUCUCAUGUAUUGUUCUCAUGUAAGACCAGACAGAUACAGUAUGUGUAGCUUUUCAUUCUUGCUAUUUGAAAAGCAUAUUCAGGCUUUUUGUGAUAAACUAUCUGAGGGUAUUUCAAAAGGGGCUUGUCUUGUACAUAACGUAUUUUGUAAAAUAUACCAAAAUGUUGUUUCUUAAACUGUAACAUAUAAAAGAGAAGUACACAUAUUUAUGCUUCUUUCUGCUGGUAAAUUCUUCUGAAUUUCUUUGUAAAUAAAUGCCAAAAUAAUAAAUAAAACAAAGAUGCAAUGAUGUAAAGAUAUAGGCGACACAUUGAAAUUACAAGUGAAGUGUUUACACUGGGAAACUCUUUUGUAAUUUGUAUUAUGCAAGACAGUAUGGUUCGUUUUGGAGUAAUACUAUGUAUUACAAUGUUAAAAAAAUGUUAUGUUUUUGACAUAACUAGACUUCUGGUACUCCAGUCUGGCUCAAGAAAGUUUUGUGUUUUUAUAUCGGAGUACAAUGUUUAUCAGCCUCGUUACAGCAUUUCAUUCUGACAUUGCAGUCCAGAGGUUUUGUUAUUUGUGUCAUGAUGCCAUAGCAUAAUACAUUUUACAUUAGACACCUGUGUAAAAAUCUGACAAAAUAUGAAAUAA